GAACACUUACUUCUUCUCUUCUCCCCUAAACCGGAAUUUUUACCUUCUAUCCCAGUUUGCAUACCAGCUCAAACUACAUCUUUGACUUUAAGAUUAUCCGUCCCUAUCCAUCUCCACUUAAGAUGUGUCCAAACAACGAGGUCCAACCGCCGAUAAUGGCAGGUCCAAGCGAGCCUAGAGGACAGUCCAAAUCAAGUUUUCUGGGAGAGGAGGCUGCUCAAACAACCCUGGCAAUAUCUACCACCAAGCACUUGGUGUAUCUCCUGGUCCUGGACCUCUUCUUUUUCUUGUUCUCUUUCUCUUCCCCCCUGGCCUGGCACCUCGCCAUACCAAAACCAUUGAAUGUGUCGCUUGUCGUUUCCUUGGUCUCCACUGUUUGGUCGUUCUUUCGUUGGGAAGAAGUCUUUGGUGACCUUGCCUACGAUGCGGUCACCAAGGGUUCCCGAAGCCAGCAAUGGUCGCCUCUGGGGAGGACCUUCGGGGGGAGUCGAGCGAAGGACGCGAGGAUGCGCAGAGCGGUGCGCAGAGUUUCCCAAUUGUUUGUAGGAGGAAUUGGGGUGAUUCAAUUCUGGUGGCUGUUGAUGCUGGGGAUGGAGCAUGCCGUCAUUGGAAGGAUGUUGGGGAUGGUUUAGGGAAAAAAAGGGAGGGGUGGAAUGGGUAUGAUUUUGUUUGUAUAGAAGCGUAUUGUAAGAUAGUCAUUUUUUAUAAUUGUGUCAGCAUGCGAUAAGC